GUUUUCAUCUGUUACGAUGACCAAACGAGCCCCAAGUUAUGGCACGAGGAGCUGAAACUCCGCAACAAGAGCCAACUGGACCACAAAUUUUACUUGCGUUACCCAAGCUUCCAAGAUGUUCACACCAUGAUCUUUGUUGGCUUUGGAUUUCUGAUGACCUUUCUGAAACGGUACAGCUUUGGCAGCGUGGCCUUCAAUUUCCUGAUCGCUGCCUUUGCCAUCCAGUGGUCUAUCCUCAUCCAGGGCUUUUUCCACUCUUUUCACCAUGGCAAGAUCUAUAUUGGAAUAGAAAGCAUGAUCAAUGCUGAUUUCUGUGCCGGAGCCAUCCUCAUCUCCUUUGGAGCUGUUCUUGGGAAGACGAGUCCUGUCCAGCUGCUGCUCAUGACCUGGCUGGAGGUCCUUCUCUUCGCCGUUAAUGAAUACAUCCUGCUUAACCUCCUUGGGGCUAAAGACACAGGAGGCUCCAUGACCAUACACACCUUUGGGGCCUACUUUGGACUGAUGGCAUCCCGGGUUCUUUAUCGGCCUCACCUGGACAAGAGCAAAGAAAGGGAAGGCUCCACAUACCAUUCGGAUCUCUUUGCUAUGGUUGGAACAAUCUUCCUGUGGCUUUUCUGGCCAAGCUUCAACUCUGCCAUCACAGCACAUGGAGAUGACCAGCAACGGACGGUGAUGAACACCUACCUCUCCCUUACCGGGAGCACCCUUGCCACCUUUGCCACCUCAGCCCUUGUGAAUAGAGGAGGCAAGCUGGACAUGGUUCACAUUCAGAAUGCAGCUCUGGCCGGCGGGGUGGUCGUUGGGACCUCUGGAGAGAUGAUGUUGACUCCAUUUGGGGCCAUGAUCGCCGGAGUCCUAGCAGGCUUCGUCUCUACACUCGGCUUUAAAUUCCUUACGCCCAUUCUGGCCUCCAGGCUGAAAAUCCAGGACACGUGUGGCGUCCACAACCUCCACGGGUUGCCAGGGAUCCUUGGCGCCCUUCUUGGGGUUCUGGUUGCAGCUCUGGCAACUCACGAUACCUAUGGCGAAGGGUGA